CUGUUGCUGUCACCAACAAAAGCCUUUCACCAUCCAUCUCGGAGAAGACUCAAGUAGAGCAGUUUCCCAUGGGGCUGAUGUGUUGCCUGGCAGCUGCCUUCCUCCUCCUCGUCCUCCUAGGUUUGAGCACUGGCCAACGGGUGGUGACAGUUCAGAAGGGACCACUCUACCGUGUGAGGGGGUCUCACAUCACACUGUGGUGCAAGGUGAGUGGCUACCAGGGCCCAGCAGAGCAGAACUUCCAAUGGUCCAUCUACCUGCCUUCAGCUCCUGAGCGGGAGGUGCAGAUCAUCAGUACUGCCAACCCCUCCUUCCCCUACGCCAUCUACACCCAGCGUGUGCGCAGCCAAGAGAUCUAUGUGGAGCGGGUGCAGGGAGACGCCGUCCUGCUGCACAUCACCGAGCUGCAGGACCAAGAUGCUGGGGAGUAUGAGUGCCACACGCCCAGCACUGAUGAGAGGUACUUUGGGAGCUACAGCGCCAAGACUAACCUCUCAGUGGUUGCAGACACCCUCUCGGCUUCCAUGAUGCCCCAGAUCCUUGUCCACCCAGAAGGGGACAUGGUGGAACUCACCUGUGAAGUGUCCAAGUCCACUGCCCAGCACACGCAUCUCUCUGUUGGCUGGUACCAUCUUCUGGAAUCGGGAGAUCGCCAUACUGAGGAGGUCCUCACACUCUCCAAAGAUUUUGUCUUGAGGCCAGGACCUUCUUACACGCAGAGGUUUCUGUCAGGGGAUGUGCGUCUGAACAAGAUUGGGAACACCAUAUACAAGCUCUCCAUUGGGGCACUGGAGCUAUCUGACCAGGGGCAGCUGUACUGUGAGGCAGCUGAGUGGAUUGAGGAUCCUGAUGAGAUGUGGAAGGACAUCUCCCGCAAGCAAACAGGGAGAACAUCACUGACAGUCAUAAGCCAGGGCAGAGAUCUCUCCGUGGUUAUCACUGCAGCUGAAAGCUCCCUUUCUGAAGGUGAUACCGUGAAGCUGAAUUGCAUGGUGGAAGCCCAGAAGAGCAGCAGCAGGCAAUUCCAAGUGCUUUGGCUCCUCAACAGUAUGGAAGUGGCCAGGGUUGACCCCUAUGGCGUAUUGAUUUGGAAAGAAGAAUAUGAGGAGAGAGCCAAGCUGGGGCAGCUCCGAGCAUUCAAGCAAAGCAACACAGUUUAUGUCCUCAUCAUCUACGAGGUAGGGCUGAAGGACAAUGGUACGUACCACUGCUCUGUUUCGGAGAUGAAGACUCCUGGAGACUUUCACAUCAUCCAAGGCAAUCUGUCAUCAAGCAUCCAAGUCGAUGUGAAACCAGUAGAGAGACGAAUGCAGCUGUCCGUGUCUACCAGUACGCCACAUGUUGUGGCAGGAGAUGCCUUGAUCCUCCUUUGCCAGGUACAAGGAGCAACCAGUCCUGUAUCUGUGCAGUGGUGGCACCUGCCACCACAGCAUCUGGGUCCUCAGGUGCUGGUGGCCACCAUGGAGCGGGAUGGCACCCUGAGCUUGGGCAGCAGCUACCACAACAACAGGACUCGAGGGAGCCUCCGUCUGGAAAAAGCAAACUCUGGCACUUUCACCUUGGUGAUCCCCAACACAUUGGACGAGGGUGACGGUGGGCGGUAUGGAUGCAAAGUAACGGAGUGGUUCAAAGGCAAGAGCUGGACAGAGGAGGGUGAGACAACAGUGACAGUCAGCUCUGUGGGUUUCAAUCUGCACGCCAGACUGAGAAGCCGGAUUGCCACUGUCAGAUAUGGGCAGAGUUUUGAACUCGACUGCCAAGUGAGCGCCAGCUACGCCCUUGAGGAGGUGCCUAUGUCUGUGGUGUGGCUCUUCCAGCCCAGCCUGCCCACCGGCCACCAACACGAGCUGGUCCGAGUCCUCCCCAAUGGCACCAUGGCUUGGAACACAGCACAGGCACACUUCCAGCGGAAAGCCCUGCUGAUGAAGGCUGCCACCUCCUUCAGGAUGCACCUCCACAGUGCCAUGGCUGCCGACCAGGGGACAUACCAGUGUGUGGUGGAGGUAUGGAGAAGGAAUGUUCUGCCGCUGGGGCAGUCGGCAGCCACUGUCAGGUCCAAUGCCGUGGGGAUAAAGGUGGUACUGCCAGAAAGUAAGCUUCAGGUAUCUACGAAAGAGAGCUCUGUGGAGAUUGCUGGCAGUGCUGACACAGCCAUUGAGUGCAGGAUCGUGUUUGCCCAGAAUAAUUCUCAGUUUGCUGUUACAUGGUACCUCUUACGUCAUCUGGCAGAUGCAACCCCCCUGCAAAUCUUAAGGGCCAGCUACAGCAGCAUACUGGAAUAUGGGGCUGAGUUCAGCUCUCCUGACAAAAAGUCUCGGUUCCUGAGCCAAAGGACAUCCAGCAAUGUUUUCUGGCUGAAGAUACUCUCUGCGAACCCUGGGGACCAGGGCAGGUACUACUGUGUGGUUGAGGAAUGGCUCUGGCUAGUGGACAGCUGGUACAAACUCGGAGAGGGAGCAUCGGGAAGGACCACACUGGAGUUCAGGCUCCCAGAGCGUGAACUGCACCUGGAGAAAACCAACUACAGCAUCUCCGCAAGAGAGGGUGAGGAUGUGACGCUGCACUGCCUGCUGCGGGAUGCCUGCCCACCUACCACUCGCAUUUUGGCUAUCUGGUUUCAGGGGAAGGAAAGCAGCAAUGCCAAGCCCUUGGUCACGCUCCACCGUGACGGUGCUAUUGAGUACUCCUGGGAGAGCCUGUCAAGGAGGCUGUACCUGCGCCGCCCCACUGCUGGUGACUUCAGCCUGACACUGCACAGCGUGGAGGAGGGUGAUGCAGGGGUGUAUUACUGCCAGGUGCAGGAAUGGCAGCAGCAGAGCGAGGGGAAGAACUGGGUUAUGCAAGCCUUGGCACACUCGGGAUACACUCGGCUCACUACAAUCCCACCAGAGUCAACUGUUCUGUCUAGAAUCUGCUCAUCCCCACCACUGCUGAACUUCAUUCUAUUCUUACCACUGGUUCUGAUUCUUCUCCUGACUCUUGCUAUCUUCUGCUGGUACUUCAAAUUUAGAAAAAGCAAGAAUGCCAGCAUCACAGAAGACCAGCUGAUGGAGCUGCAAGGGGCUGGAGGGGUCAAGAAAACUUAGCAGGUCUGGAAUGGCAGAUGUAACUUGAGUGAGCAGACCUGGACAGCUGAGGAGUACAAAGUACUUGCAGAUGGACUUUUUAUUGUUUUGCAAUACCUCUUGCAAUGAAUCCUUGAAAUUGCAUGUUUACUUUCAGUGGUACAAAGCAGCUUUGAAUUGCUAAGCAAAUAGGGGUUUUGUAACAGAUAUUUCUGUCUCUGUUCAUUUCAUGCUCUGUUCAUUGUGGCGUAUUUGAGGUCCUUGCAGUAUGUGUCUACCACUGUGGGUGGAAGUAGUGUUAUCUCUCUACAGGUAUAAGGGGAAAAACAGCUCUUUUUGCACUGCAGUGCAAAACUAUUAAAUUUCUACUCAUUUUAGGUCACUUGACAAAAUCUGUAGUUUGCAGGCUAAAAACCAGUGGCAGAGCUGGAAAUGGAGUAUUGGUGUCCCAUUUAAGGCAUUGCAUUUGCCUUUGCCCACCCUUUGCUGUGGAAGCUCUUAGAUACUGCUGUACCCUCCUUCUGAGAGUGCUUGUGCCUAAAGAACACCUUCUCUGAAAGGAAAUGGGUAUUCACAAAACCUGUCACAGAAACAAGAGGACUGAGCAAGGCUAGCUGGGGCUGAAGAAAGUCCAUACCAGGGUACCACAGCCAUCCACAAAAAAUUAAUCCUGUUGACCCAAUAAGGGACUUGCAUGGGGUCUUGAAUCCCAAAAGAAAGCAAGUGGACACCCAGACAUUUUGGAGAUGAGUGUACAAAGACUUCUAGCUCCUUUCUUUGCUGCGAUUGCUGUAGCAGAAGAGAGCAUCCAGCCUCUUGUGCCUGGGAUGUUUGUGGGUCAGGAAGCUUCACAGCUGGGACCUGGUAUUAGACACCUUCAGGUUGUGCCGUGUAAUAAAAAGCCCAUGUAUGUGCCUGCAGGGCAGCUCCUCUAUGCUCUGAGAUCGAGAUCAGGCUCACUUUUUCAAGGCUGAGGAGCUAAGCUACUUGAAGGCUGUCUGGCUGAUGCAUUAGAGGAAAGGCCAUUUCAAACCAAUCCUUGUAAGUCAAGGAAUACUCAAGCUCUAACUGUGCAAAGUAGAACUGGUCCUAGUGAGCUGUAAGGUCAGGCAUCAGAGCAGCACUCAAAGCUUUGUCCUCAGGCAAAAGCAGCCACAUAGAAAAAACAGUAGAUGCCUAUGAACUUGCUUCAUUUGACCAGAGGAAGGACUGAAAACACCACAGGCCCUCUAGAUGAUCUGUUUAAGUUCUUCACUUUCCUUAUAAUUAGAAAAACUGCCUGCCCUGUAUCAUGAGGAACUGGGAGGUCCUUUCUCCCUUUCUUCAAAAAAAAAAAAAAACCAAACCACUUUCUGCCUAACUUUGGAGCCUUACUGCUCCUAUUUCCCUGUUCAGCUGCCUCCUCUGUCUGUACUGGCUGGCUCCAGCUUGCUCAACCUUUCCCUGCAGGAUAUGUUUUCUGGACCUCGUGCAGCUUUUCCCUUUGCUGCCCUGACCCCAGCUGUCUCUCCCACAGUGUGAGUGCUCAGAGCCGCAUGCAGGACGCUCUGCAGAGGUAUCCCCCCUGUGUUGUGGGUUAUGUCCAGUUUACACAUCCCAGUAGGGUGUUUGAUUUUCUAUGUGCGUGUGACAGCACAGCACUGUUUGUGCUUGGCUCACAAUUGUCAGGCUCCUCUCCUGCAGAUCUGCUGUCUAGCAAGUUGUUUCUCUGCUGUGUGCUCAGACUUGUGACUUUUCCUAUCUAACUGAAGCACUGUUUGCAUGGAUGUGAUGAACAGCUUUCUGCACCACUUUGCGAAGGGUCCUGCUGUUUGUUUGUCCUAGCCUUGUCUCGAUAAUGCUUUAACUCAUGGACCAGUUUCAGUUUGUUUUGACAGAGAAGUAGAUGCUCUCUGGACAUUAAACUCUCAUAAGUUUCAUGAAAAGUGGUAGCUGGAUGAAGAAGAGGAGGCAGAAGAGUUGUCCUACCAAGGGAAGGCUGCAGUGUGAGUUGCCUGACAGCCAUCCCCGAGCGAGACGUACACUGGCUGCCUGGUGCCCAGCUCACAACCAGGCGAUAUAGGAAGGAGAUGUAGGUGUGUUAGGGCAUGGGAAAGGAGAGGAGGAAUUAUUUUUUUACUGUAAACUAUUAACAAUUAGUCCAUGCACAUAGUUUAUCUACCAGUUUUGUACUGUCCAUCUGUGUUUCAUUUGGAUUGUUUCCUUAGCUUGCCUGUAAGAAUACCUUGGGAGCAUACUUCACAAAUCUCGGUAAAGUCAAGAAUAUGAUGCCUACUGCUUACCCUUUCCCACAAGGCUUGCAGCCUUCUGGCAGAGGAGAAUUGGAUAGGUCUGACGUGCUCUGCUCUUGUUUAAAACCAAGUGGAAAAAAAAAGGUAUAACAACUUCUCUUGUCUUGCAUUCUUCUAGGUACUUUUAAGUACUUUGUCCCUGUAUCUCCUUGAGGAUUGCAGUUAAGAAGUUGCAAGUGUUCAGGUUCUCCUUCUUUUUAAAAAAUAUUUUUGCCCUUUUCGUGUCACUUGGUGUCUCACACCUCCUCAAGUGUUACCACAGCAAACCAUUAACAGAUGGCUUGAAGGCCCUUCAUUUAUGUGCCUUGGAAUGAACCUCAUCAACACCAGCCUUCUACCCAAACACCUAACUUAUUUAGGUCGCUACUUAUUACGAGAGUGCUGGGGUGGUGACAUGGGAUAGCCACCACCCUGCUGCAGCAGUCACAUCUGUAGGUCAGUCUCCAUAAGCAGUGCACAGCCUGUGAGUGACCUGGCUGGGCUGGGUGCAUCCGCUGAGCCCAUGCUGGCCCCUUGCUCAGCCACCUCGGCAUUCCAUCGUGUGUCUUUGGAGGUAUCUUUGCUGCCAUCUGAUUUUAAUGUAAAAAGCCAUAGACUCUACUGCAACAUGAGAUUUUUGUGUCUGGUGGACUUCGGGAAGAAGAUGGGCAGAGAAAAGGGUGUUUCUCCAUCAACAUCUCUCUUUUUUUGCUCAGUGAACCAGAGGUCUUUUGAUGAAAGGGUCUGCAAGAAGAAUUUGUGGGUUUGCAGUGGCAGGGUUUUUUUUUUUCCCUCUUUAUUGUUUUUCUGGCUUUGCUGGGUCACUGCCAAACCUUUCAGCUGUAUUUCUUAAGAUGUAUUUUUUUCCAUGAGUGAACUUAGAAAGAGUUGUAACUUAUCACAGUAAAAGCUGCAAAACAGUCCUAUUUUUAAAGAGAACAUUUCACUUGGCUACGGUAAAUGUAUGAAAAGUAGAGAGGUGUGUGUGCAUGUGUGUGUGAUGGGUCAGAAGAUGGUGUUGAUUUUACUGCAAAGGCUCUUGGCCACCUUCAGCCACCCCUAUGAUCACGGGUUUUUUCCAAAGUAAAUUAGAAUAGCUGAUAAAAUAUAUAUUUAGCUGUUAAUAGCUUUAUGGAGGAAAAAUAGUGAUAACAGGGCAGACCCUGCAGCACAGCAGCACCCCUGUUGCACUCCAUCCCUCAGUGUCUUGUGUGAGGUCAGCAUCCAGUGGGGAGAACCAGGGUCCUUUCCUGUGUUUUAAAGCAGUUUGAAGGGGCUACAAAGCAAUGAAGAGCUGGAUUCAAGAGGAAUUAAUCGGUUGGGAAGCACUAUAGAAACACAGGAUCUGUGUGGUUCUCUUGUGUUUCAUAGAAUCAUAGAAUAGUUUGGGUUGGAAGGGACCUUGAAGAUCAUCUAGUUCCAACCUCCUGCCAUGGGCAGGGACACCUCCCACUAGAUAAGGCUGCUCAAGGCCCCAUCCAACCUGACCUUGAACACCUCCAGGGAUGGGGCAGCCACAACUUCCUUUGGCAAAACCUGUUCCAGUGUCUCACCACUCUCAUGGUGAAGAAAUUCUUCCUUAUAUCAAGCUUAAAUCUGCCCCUCUCCAGUUUAUACCCGUUUCCCCUUGUCCUAUCGCCUCUAUGAAUAGCCCAUCUCCUUCUAUAGGAAGGUAUGGAAACCAUAAGAUAGAGGAGAGCAAUGCUUUCUCCCAGGCAAGUGAACACAACUUUGCAGCUGGGCAGAACCUGGCAGUUUAGAAGGUGGAUGACAUGAGGGUGGGAUGUGUAGGUAUAUAACCCCUGCAUUGUGUUGCCUUCCUGGAACACUUUUAUGGCAUCUGCCUUUGGGCAUGAGCAAAGCCAGUGCUCAGCGAUCACCAGGGCAGCUUGCCCAGCAUGCCAUGGGACAUCUUCAGGUGAGAACAUCAUUGGGGACCUUGGCUCCUCUAGCCUGCAAGCGGGGAGAGUGAGUGUUGAGUGAGUUGGUCUGCAGAAACAAUGGGAAGUGGCUUGCAAGUGAGGAAGUACUUUGUGUCUUCUAGCAGCUCAGGGUUUCCUGACCUGCCCUGGUCCCUGGGAGCAGAAGACACGGCAGCAGCGUGCUGUCCUUGUGCCACCAGGGAAAGGUUGUUGGGUAAGGUUGCUAAACUUUCAAUAAAUGCUUCCAAACUGAUGCCUUGGAAUUCUCCUGGGAAGUCCCCUCUCAAGCAGCAUGUCUUCAUUCCUUCCUAUUAAUUCUGAGUUGGUUUUGAUAUUUGAUAUUCAGUUUUCUCCUUUGAUAAAAUAUUCAAAAACUGGAAAUAAAAGAUACAGUUUUGAUAUGUGCUUUGGUCUCACUUGAUGCCAUUUUGUAUUCCAGCUGGUUCCUACAGUCCCUGCUUGUUUCACAUGUCCUUCAGCCUUUAUCUUUGACACCUAAGACAAAG